AGGCUUUCCAUCAGUUAAGAAGCAAUCACGAUCAUAAAGACUUAAAGAUCUUCGAACAACUUGGAGCGUCAAGAAAUGUAAUAAAAAAGGCUUUCCAUCAGUUAAGAAGCAAUCACGAUCAUAAAGACUUACAAAAGGUUAUGCAUGAAAUUGAUUCAAUUGUGGAGAAGCUUGGUGGCCAUCAAGGAAAGGCAAAGAGAAAACAAUUUUCAGGUCAUCUAUGAUUCUUCAAGCAUUCAUGAUUUUGACCAAACACUUGAUGCCAGAAAUACCAUGGUGGGAUUCAAUGAGUAUCUGAUUACGGUAAAAGAUCAACCGUGUGGGCAAUCACUGCGACUCCAAGUUAUUCCCUUUACUGGAACAGGGGGAAUAGUGUCCCAUGAUUAUAAUGCCAAUAAAGUUCUUUACACUCUCUUGAAAUCCAUGGGAUUGCAAGUUGAUGAAUCAAGCAGAGAGGAGGUAUUGAAGGAAAGAGUAUAUCAACACUUAAAGGGGAUGAGAUAUCUAAUUAUGAUGGAUGAUAUAUGGAGUAUAGAAGUUUGGGAUGAUUUGAGACAUAUAUUCCCAGAUGAUUGUAAUGGAAGUCGAAUUGUGUUAACAACUCGAUCGUUGGAUAUAGCAGAAUAUGCAGGUGGUUGUGGCUCUGCUCAUCAUCAGAUACAAUUCCUAAAUCAGGAGGGUAAUUGGAAGUUAUUUCAAGAGAAGGUGUUUGCACAAAAUCAUUGCCCUUCUGAAUUGGAAAAUAUUGGAAAGUCUAUUGUCAGUAAAUGUUAUGGACUUCCACUUGCAAUAGUCAUAAUAGCAGGAAUACUUUCCAAUGUUGGGCUUACACUUAAUGAUUGGGAGGACGUCGAAAUGAACAUGAGUACAGUUUUGAGUAGAACAGAUGAACACAUCUCCCGUGUGGUAUCUCUAAGCUAUAAUCACUUACCUCAUCAGUUAAAAGCAUGUCUUUUGUACAUGGGAAGUUUCCCGGAGGAUCAUGAACUAAGAGUCUCAGAUCUCAUUAGAUUGUGGGUUGCCGAGGGGUUUUUGAAAUCAUCCAACAAAUCUAAAAGCCUAGAAAAAGUGGGGGAGGAAUGUCUGGAGCAUCUUGUUAGAAGAAAUCUUGUUAUUAUCUGUAAGAAGGGGUGCAGUGGCCAAUUCGAAUCUUGUGUCUUACAUGAUCUGGUAAGAGAUGUUUGCAGACAAAAGGCUUUUUAUCAGAAUUUCUUUGUUAUGAAUCAUAAGGAUAUGUCUGCAUUUCCAGGGAAGGUUGAAAAUGCACGCCGCUCAAUCUCCAUCUCAAUAAUCUCCAUCAGACAUAUUCUUUUCCUGGUAGACUUGCCCACUCCUUUCUUCUGUUCUUUAAAGGGCACGAAUUCUCAAGCACUGACAAACCAAUUUGGAAGAGGUAUAAACUGUUGAGAGUG